AAAAGCUAAAAUAAACGACGUAAAAGGGGUAGCAGAGAAGGGGGAGCGAUUUUCACCCCACGCUUUCACGCCGCGCUCAAUCGGCUUUUUGAAACCGCAGCUCCUCGGAGCCGGAGAGGGAGAGAGAGAGGCAAAAAUAUUCCCGAUUUAUCCCCUAAAAUUCCCUGCGACCUGGAAGGCUGGCAGAAUAAACCUAUUGUGGAGCCGCACCGCGCCGGGAUAUCCGAGCAAACCCCCCCUUCCCACCCACCCCGAGUCCCGCUGUUGGAGAAAAGAUGCCCGCGGAGCAGCGGCGGCCCCGGCGGCUGCGGCGCUGAGCGGCUCCCGCUGCCCCCCUUUCCCCUUCUCCAUGGGCUCCUCGGCCGCUUUUUGGGAGCUUCCCGCCGACCCAGCCAUGAGAAAGCGGAGCAAAGGACCGGCCGCCCUCCUCGUGUGCCUUUCUGGCUGAAAAAAAAAACAAAACAACAAACCAAAAAAACAAACAAACAACAACAACAGCAACAACAAAAUAACCGACCCCAAAAAAAACCCCAACCAAACCAACCCAAAACCUCUGGAAGCAAACAAACCAUCCGACAAAAUUCUGGAGGGGGCGGCGAGGGGGGGGGGCGGGAGGGAAGAAGGAGAAGGAGAAGAAGGAGAAGGAGGAAUCAGCUGCGCUGGAAGAGCUCUCGCCCUCCCGCUUCCCUGAGCGAGCCUGGAUGCUGGCAGGAGCCUCUUGGAUAUGGGAUCAUAUCUGCUUUAUCACAGCCUGGGUUUGAUCCUCUGCUGCUCCGUGCUCAGCUCGGUCUACGCGCUGGUGGACGCCGACGAUGUCAUCACCAAGGAGGAGCAGAUCUUCCUCCUGCUGAAGGCCAAGGCCAAGUGUGAGCGACACCUGAAAGCCAAGGUGCCCAAGGUGCACGAUGGUUUUUGUCUCCCUGAGUGGGAUGGCAUCGUCUGCUGGCCCGAAGGUGUCCCGGGCAAGGUGGUGGCCAUGCCGUGCCCCGAGUACAUCUACGACUUCAACCACAAAGGCCACGCUUACCGUCGGUGUGACCUGAACGGGAGCUGGGAGCUGGUGCCAGGCAACAACAGGACCUGGGCAAACUACAGCGAGUGUGCCAAGUUCCUCACCAACGAGACGAGGGAGAGGGAGGUCUUUGAUCGCCUCUAUUUGAUUUAUACUGUUGGAUACUCCAUCUCUCUGGGAUCCCUCACAGUUGCUGUCCUUAUCCUGGGAUACUUCAGGCGUUUGCACUGCACUAGGAACUACAUCCACAUGCACCUGUUCGUGUCCUUCAUGCUGAGGGCCGUGAGCAUCUUCGUGAAGGACGCCGUGCUCUACUCGGGCUCGGCCCUGGAGGAGAUGGAGAGGAUCUCGGAGGAGGACUUGAAAUCCAUCACUGAGGCACCUCCAGCGGACAAGUCGCAGUUUGUGGGCUGUAAAGUAGCUGUUACCUUCUUCCUCUACUUCCUGGCAACCAAUUACUACUGGAUCCUGGUGGAAGGGCUCUAUCUCCACAGCCUCAUCUUCAUGGCAUUUUUCUCAGAGAAGAAAUAUCUUUGGGGAUUCACAUUAUUUGGCUGGGGCCUCCCAGCUGUAUUUGUCACAGCGUGGGCCAGCGUGAGAGCCACUCUCGCCGACACAGAGUGUUGGGACUUGAGUGCUGGCAAUUUAAAAUGGAUUAUUCAGGUGCCCAUCCUGGCAGCUAUCGUGGUAAAUUUUAUUCUUUUUAUCAAUAUUAUCAGAGUCCUCGCCACCAAACUACGGGAGACGAACGCGGGGAGGUGCGACUCGAGACAACAGUACAGGAAGCUGCUGAAAUCUACCCUCGUCCUUAUGCCUCUGUUUGGAGUUCACUAUAUUGUUUUCAUGGCUAUGCCAUACACAGACGUGUCAGGGAUUCUUUGGCAAGUUCAAAUGCACUAUGAAAUGCUGUUCAACUCUUUCCAGGGAUUUUUUGUUGCCAUCAUAUACUGUUUUUGCAAUGGAGAGGUCCAAGCAGAAAUCAAGAAGUCAUGGAGCAGGUGGACUUUAGCCCUUGACUUUAAAAGGAAAGCACGGAGUGGGAGCACAACCUACAGUUACGGACCAAUGGUGUCCCACACCAGCAUCACAAAUGUAGCCACAAGAGGAGCUCUUGCCCUCCAUCUCAACACGAGACUUAUCCCAGGGACCCUCAACGGACACCGGAAUUUGCCAGGUUACGUGAAGAACGGCUCCAUUUCCGAGAAUUCCAUGCCCUCCUCCGGGCCGGAGCAGUACAACAAGGACGAGGAAUAUCUCAACGGCUCCGGCCUUUACGACGGGGACAGACCCACGGCGCUCGUGGAGGAGGAGAGGGAGACAGUGAUGUAAAGGGAGGAGGGGGAAAACAAGCAAAAAAAGGAAGCCAAA